UCCGAUGUUGAAAGAAGCGAAGAAUUAUGAAUUCUGGAGUCUGAAAAUGAAGACCAUGUUCAAGUCCCAAGAGCUGUGGGACUUGGUGGAGAAUGGAUUUGAAGACAACCAAACCGACAAGCCUGAUCAACCAUUACGAGAGAAGCGCAAGAAGGAUUCAAAGGCGCUGUUCUUAAUUCAACAAGCCCUACAUGAUGAAAUCUUCCCUCUCAUUGCAGCUGCAACUACCUCCACCCAAGCGUGGGACGUUCUAAAGCGACAAUAUUUAGGCAAUAAGAAGGUGACAAGGAAAGAAGAGGAGAAGAAAGAGAUAGAAGAGGAAACUAGCAUAGACGUGGGCCACACUGAUGUGGGUGACUCUGAAGCACCUGAAAAGAAGGAAGGAUCGCGGGAGCAAGCAGAAGCAAAAGCAAAAACAGAGAAUAAAGAUGAAGGUAAAGAGUUUGAGAAUGCAGUUCUAGUGGUGGCAACGUUAUUAAUAACGUUGACGUACCAAAGUUUGUUGAAUCCUCCAUCAACAUUCUUCAAACACGGCACUGAAAUAGAUUGGGGAUGCAUUUUCUCACUCAUGAACUUUAAGACACUCAACCCGAUAAGAAAAUAUAAGAACUGUCCAGCUGCAUUGCCCUUUUCGUUCUUGUCCUUAAACACAAUGAUUUUCUUGCAAGCAAUCGUCCACGUGUUUCCCACUUUUCAACGCCGCUAUGGAGUCGUUGUAUGGUUUUCAAUAGCACACCUUGUUUUAUGUUACAGCCUCUUACUAAUGGCUUUCUCCUAUGACACCGCAUAUGUUGCUUUUCCUCUCUAUUGGAUUACCGUAUUUCUUCUGCUCGUAGCAGUAGCGUGGAGAGUUUUUUUUUUGGCUAAAGUAGCGCGGAGAGUUGAAACAUUGAAGAUAUUAGCCAAAUCAUGGUGAAGCAUCAGCCUGGAUAUUUGGCCAAGUGAAGUUCUUAUCGGGCCACAAUCUGAAGAAAGGCCACUACAUCGCAGCUGAGGAAACCCAAAGCCCUCAUGGAAGGCACGGGAGAAUAUAGGGGAAUUCAAGAAAGAUUUUGUAGUCUCUCUAUCUGAAUUUUCUAUUCUGUUUUGCUGUUAUUCAAAUUUGAGCACCUGUCUGUUAGUAAUUUUCAUAG